UCCGCGGUCCACCAGAUUGAAGAGGAUCCAGUGACUCAGUGUUCGCGCGGAGCGUGCUCGGUGUUGCUCAUUUUUUUUUUCACGCCGUCCGCGUCCGUCCGCUCGUUUGAGUCCGUCCGGUUUUAUUUUCCAUUUUAUUUUCACUACUAUAAGCAAAAGGAAAAUAAAAAAAAACAAACAAAACAACAACAACCGCUGAAAAAAGAGGCAGACAACGGCUGUGAAGAGAAGAGUUUAAAACUCUUCCUUUUUUUCAGGAUUAAACACUGCCCAAAAAACUUUACAAUUUUACAGAAAUGAUAUUGCUGUUUUUUCUCACUGCAUUGGUCAUCGAGGGAAGCCAUGGCCUUGCCAUUGGACAAGAGCAAUCAGAAAAUGAUGAAUUAGCACGGCAUUAUAGCACGCGAUAUUCAAUUUAUGAUGAGCCUUACAAAAUUGAUUUCAAAUAUCACAAUUAUGACCAACUGACACGAUUUCUUCAGACUACCUCGAAUCGCUUUCAAAAUCUCACUGCCCUCUACUCCAUAGGAAAAUCAGUAAAAGGUCGCGAUCUCUGGGUGAUGGUUGUUUCAGCGUCGCCUUAUGAACACAUGGUCGGAAAACCCGACGUAAAAUACGUGGCCAACAUACACGGAAAUGAGGCUGUAGGUCGUGAGCUGAUGUUGCAUCUCAUUCACUUACUUGUUACAAACUAUAAUGUUGAUCCAUUCAUCACCUGGUUGUUAAACAACACUAGAAUUCACAUAUUACCGUCCAUGAAUCCAGAUGGUUUUGAAGUUUCAAAAGAAGGCUAUUGUGAUGGUUCGCAAGGGAGAUAUAACGCAAGAGGUUUUGAUUUAAAUCGUAAUUUUCCCGAUUACUUCAAGCAAAACAAUAAAAUAAGUCAACCUGAGACGGAUGCAGUAAAAGAAUGGGUUUCAAAAAUUCAGUUUGUACUCUCAGGAAGUCUUCAUGGCGGUGCUCUUGUUGCAAGUUAUCCAUUUGACAACACUCCAAAUUCGCGAAUAUGUCAAUCAGCGCCAUUAUGUGCAGUAUUGCAGAUGAAUUAUGCUUCGACGCCAAGUAUUUCUCCGGACGAUGAUGUUUUCCGUCACUUAUCGUGGACUUACUCGAAAAAUCACGGUACCAUGUACAAGGGCAAGGCUUGUUCUCCGACUCAAUCCGGAUUCAAGAAUGGCAUUACAAAUGGUGCCGAGUGGUACAGUCUCACGGGAGGGAUGCAGGACUUCAAUUACGUUUGGAACGGUUGCAUGGAGAUAACACUCGAAAUAUCUUGCUGCAAAUAUCCACCAGCCAAGGACCUUCCUCACUACUGGGACGAAAAUCGUGCAUCCCUUCUGGCAUUUUUGGCCGAAGCUCAUAGAGGGGUUCAAGGUUUUGUAAUUGACGAAAAUGGAAAUUAUAUUGAAAAAGCGUCAGUCAAAAUCAAGAAUCGCAACAUCAGUUUUCUCACCACAAAAUAUGGCGAAUUCUGGAGAAUUCUAUUACCUGGAAACUAUAAAAUGGAAGUUUAUGCCAAUGGAUACGCUCCCAUUGAGGUCGAUUUUGUGGUAGUUAAAGAGCGUCCCACACUUCUCAAUGUCACUCUUCGUGCAGUGAAGAGACAGGAUGAUAACGGCGACAUUGGUCUGGGUGUGUACGGCGGGGGUGUAGCGGUUCGACCUUAUCCACAUCGCGACUAUACUCUUCAUCUUAGACCAAAUUCCGGUGCCAGUACAGCAUCUGAUACCAACAACGGGAUCUUCUCAUCGAUUAGCAACAGCUUCAACUCACUCGUAAGCAACAUCUUUGGCUGAUCUUUCGCUUAUCGACCAACACUAGGUCGUCUCAUUGCUCUUUUCAUCGUCAUCAUCUUAUCACAUUUCCUGCGAGGAGCGCGUGUUCGAGUCACAAACUUGGACAAAAUCUACUGACAAUGAACUACUUUUAGGAGAAGAAAAAAAAAAAAAAAAUCAAGAAAAGAAUUUUUGUGUGAGAGAAAAAAAAUAUGUAUUUCAAUAUAAAAUUUAAGGUCUGCAGGUCCAGACGGCGCGAUUAAAUUUUUAAAAACUUGUCUCGCCAAAAUUCUCUCUAAAUUAUUUCAAAUAUAUUAUUUUUUUUUUUUUUUACAAACUUGGCUUUUUCGUUUUUCCAAUAAAUCUAUUUUUAUUUCUAUUUCAGGUAAUUUAAUUGGAAGUAAAUAAUUAAUUAUGAGAGAAUUCUCAAUUUUAUUAUUCGAAAUAAAAUAAUUUUUAUUUCCAUGAUUUAUUUUUAACCAAUUUGUAGUAGAAAAAUUGCCAACUUAUAUAGAACAAAUUUUUCAAGUGUUAAUUUUAAAAAUUCUUUUUUUUUAAAUUUAUUUCCCUCCAUAUAGAAUAUAAUUAAAAUAUUUAUUGAUCGGGAAAAUUUUUUUUUUUUAUUAUCCUAUCGUAACUUUUUUUUACGAGAAAUGAAAAAAUUCAUAUUCUUCGAGUGGAAGAAAAGACUUUUUUUUGAAUAAUAAAAAUUCAAUAAAAUUUUAAUUGAAUUUCAAUUAAAAUUUUAUUAUUUAAAACGAUUAUUUGGAAGCAAAAAAAAAAAGAAUUGAAUAUUUGAGAAACACUUGAGAAAUAUUGACCUAUAUAAUGUGUGAUAUGAAAAUAAUAAAUAUUUUUCCACUUUCAGUUUUAGGGGAAAAAAAACAGACAAACAAAACAAAAAAAGUUACUAGUCCAAUUCAAUGUUUUCAAAUAUUAAAAAAAACAAAUAAA